UUUCCGGAACCGAACAAAACAGGUGACGAUUUCUUCGACUUUCGUUUGCAGCCGAUGUUUGUCUUGUGAAAGUAAUAGACAUUAUAUCUGUAAAAGAUGAGUGUGUUUAGUCCUUUCCCUGUUGGGGACUCGGUGUCAGGAAGGCUUGACCAGCUGUGUAAACUGGACAUUGACUGUGAUCAACAUGAACUAAUGGGAAAGAUGACUGGUAUUAUUGGCACAAUAGGUCCAGCAUGUGAUUCUGUGGAAAUGUUAACAGAUAUGUUUGUAGCAGGACUUAAUAUCUGUAGAAUGAAUUUAGCCUACAGAACACACCAGUAUUUUGCAGAUAUAAUUAAAAGAAUUCAUCAAAUUGUGCCAAAGAUUGGACAUCAAAUUGCUAUCGGUACAGAUAUAACAGGACCAGGAAUAAGGUUGGGGUACCUUAAAGGGGAAGUAGGAUUAGGACAGGAACUGAAGAUGGCGGUAGGAGAUAAGAUGAGAUUUACGUCUGAUUCGACCUACAGAGAAUGUGGCACUCCAGAGAAUAUGUUUGUAGAAGUAGGGGAAGCUAUAGAUAGAGUACAGAUUGGUAAUCAAGUCAUUAUAGAGGAUGGACCUCUCACCUUUAAAGUUACAGCAAAAGGAAAAGAUUAUGUAGAUUGUGAAGUGGAGGAGCCAGGAGAGUUAGGAGGAAGGAUGUUAUGGACUAUACCUAGACUGAUCCUAAAGGAACCUAAACUGUCAGUCCAAGAUAAACAAGAACUUGACUUUGCUUUAGAACAUCAUGUAGAUAUGAUAUUUGCCUCCUUUGUGUAUGAUCCUGCCUUAGUCCAUGAAAUAAGAAAAUACCUUGGGGAGAGAGGAAAGACCAUGAAGAUUGUGUCAAAAAUAGAGAACUAUGAAGGAAUCAAAAGAUAUGAUGAAAUAUUAGAUGUGUCUGAUGGUAUAAUGGUUGCCAGGGGAAACUUGGGAAUUGAUAUUUCGCCAGAGAAAGUUUUCAUUGCUCAAAAAAUGAUGAUCGGCAGAGCUAACAAUGUGGGCAAGCCUGUUAUUUGUGCAACACAGAUGCUAGCUAGUAUGAUUCAGAACCCUCGUCCAACUAGAGCUGAAGUUGCAGAUGUUGCAAAUGCUGUCAUAGAUGGCGCUGAUUGUGUGAUGUUGUCAAGGGAAACAGCAAGAGGGAAAAACCCACUGAAAUCAUUAGAAACAAUAUGUAAUGUGAGUAGAGAAGCUGAGCAGGCUUUAUACAGAGAUCAGUUAUUCCAUGAUCUGAGAGUAAUGGUGGAGUCCGAGCCCACUGAUGCCACUCAUACAGCGGCUUUGUCAGCUGUUGAAGCAGCUAUGAAAUGUCAUGCCAGAGCGAUAGUUGUUAUCACAGCUACGGGCAGGUCAGCUGCACUGAUUGCUAAAUACCGUCCCCCAUGUGUAAUCAUAGCUAUUACAAGAUUUCCUCACACAGCUAGAAGUCUACAUCUACACAGAGGAGUAUUACCUAUACUUUAUCAAGCUGAAAGAACAGCAGAAUGGAUAAAUGAUGUAGACAACAGAAUAAACAAUGGUCUUAUGAUAGCUAAAGAAUUGAAGUAUAUUGAUUCUGGAGAUAUCUGUGUGUUAGUGACCGGAUGGAAAGCUGGUACAGGCAGGACAAACACUGUCCGAAUCAUCACAUGUCCAACCUCAGAAAGUCCACAGAUGUAUGUUAGAAUCCAUGGUUCCAUGUCCGAGGAAUUGUUAGACUUAGAUGUUACCGACUCUCCAAUUCACAGAUAAAAUGAUAUGUUUGUGCUAAUAUUAUUUUAGGGGAUAUAUAAAUACAGUUGAUAUUUUUGUGCUAACAUUAUUUUUAAGGGGAUAUAAUACAGUUGAUAUUUUGCCAUAAUAAUUAUAAAACAUCAGAUAUUGUAGAUGUAAUCCUCUAAAAAUACAAACUAUUUGUCAGAAAAUUAAUAGGAUAAACUAGUCUGGUCAUUUUAAUGCAGAAAGUCAUUUAAAAUGUGGAAAAAUUAAAACAUGUUGUAGAAAGGGCAUAUUUACUAAGUUCUUUUACACAAGGACCAAAAAAGGUGCUCAUGAGACCAUCUUCUUUUUGAACUCACAUUCUUUUAGAAAAUUGUGAUGAUUUUUCUUGCCCAUAAAAAGUUACCAUUGAAACUGUAUUGUAUUCCUAACAUAAAUCUUCUAUUCUUACCGUAGAAACUUGGGUUGUUUCAAGAAUUAUCCACUAAUUAAGCAUAAGUUUACAGUUUGGUUACAAAGCAAAGAGCAGGCAACUCUUGUUAUAUUAUUUAUAAUUGUCCAAACAUGUAUUAGUUGGAGUGUUAACUUUUAAAGGUUGACUUAUGGUAUAUAUGUUACAUUUUAUAUUAGAAUCUUUGAAAGAUUUUUUUUUUUGCUAUCAUUUUUUGCAUAUAAAUUUUUCACAUAUAUGGAUCCAUUGUUUAGGGUGUAGUUCGUAUAGAUUAUGUCAUUUUUAGUGCCAUUUGUUAUUAAUCAGCCAAUUCGCUUAAACUACUUGUUUACCCAGAAUGCAUAAGAUUCUGAAACGGUGAAUUGGCAAUUUGAUGGACGCAAAUGCAGUUUUCCUGGCAAUGAUUCUGUUAUCACACAUUCCACCUUGUUUAUAAUACCUAAACAAAAAUUCACUGAGUUCCUAAUGAGCAAGACUUCAUGAGGGCAGGUAUACUAAGUUUCUUUAUUAGGGUUUUAUAUCCUCAAAUUUACCUCAUUGAAAUACUCAUCAAUUGUAUGAGGCAGCACACAUCCUCUUUUUAUUAACAAGUUCAAGUCACAUUUCUCUUUGUAUAUUUAUUUUUGGACCCAGUUAUUAUGAAGUGCCAGUACAUGUAUUAAAUUAUAGUUUGCUAUUAAACACUUUGGGUGCAAAAGAAUGUAAACUUUAAGUCAUGGUAACCAUAUCAUAUUCAUAUCAUCAUACAAAUAUUAAACAGAUGUAUAUAUUUUUUAAUUUUCCCAUAUUCAAUUUAGCUGAUUUUUAUGCCUCAUUUAUGGGCAUUAUGUUUUUUGGUCUGUGCAUUUAUUCGUCUGUAUGUUCGUUCAUCUGUAUGUUUGUUUUCGUCUGUCCCGCUUCAGGUUAAAGUUUUUGGUCAAGGUAGUUUUUGAUGAAGUUGGAGUCUAAUCAACUUGAAACUUAGCACACAUGUUUCCUUUAAUAUGAUCUUUCUAAUAUUAAUGCCAAAUUAGAGUUCUGACCCCAUUUUCAGGGUCCACUGAACAUAGAAAAUGAUAGAGCUGACGGGGCAUCCGUGUACCAGGGACACUUUCUUGUUUAUUGAUAUGAGUAUGAUGCAGUCCUGUUCUUUGUUACUAUGACUGCAGGAAACAGUGUAACCAUAUUUAAUUUUUGUAAGAUAAAUUUUUGCAUGGAAAAGAAAUGGUACUCUUAAAGGAUUUACUACAAAUUAAACCCCCCUUUAUGUAUCUGCUUAUUCCAUCAAUACAAAAUAAUGACCCAUACCCAAUAUCAGUGAAUAUUGAGAGCAAUACACUUGCAUAUCUCAGUUGAGUUAGGUGAUUGAUAGUGCUGCAGGUAUAGCUACUUUUUAUUUUUAUGUUAUAUAUAUAUUGCUGGUUUUCCAUGUUAUAAAAUAUUUUAGCUGUAACUAUUGUUUGGUUAUUACUGAGUGCCAUGCUUGGUAUUUGUUAUUUAUAAUUGAUAUUUAUAGGUUUGUGUAGUGUAACUGGUCUAGUCUUUUUUAUUAUUAUUAUUAUUUUGGAUUCAAUCUUGUUAACCCCAUAUUUUUCAAUAUUUUAUUUGUAAAUAAAAAGGUAUGUUUGGUUACUCUUGUCAUCUGAAUUUGUUCAAAAUUACCUCACAUCUAAUCCUCUGGGUUAGGAGUAUUUAUAAAAAAUGUGCAAAAUCUAAUACUGUCAAUUCAGAAAUUAUUGCUAUGUUUCUAUUAUUGCGAAAAAUCCUCUUGCAUUUUUCUCAAUAUUGCAAAAAUUAAGAUCUCUUUUAAGGUCUAAAAUGCCAAAAUUAC